AUGGCUCCAAGUUUGGAGAUAUCAUCCAAGGGUCACUUGCCUUUGCCGCAGACUAGUCCUGUAAAAGCCCUUGCAAGUACCAUUCAACAAUACCUGAAGGAGCACAAUGAAAACAGUUCAGGUCCUGCAACAGGUUCAUUGCACUCACCUGGCUGGAUGAUGGAUGCAGCAGAGCAGGCUAUCGAAGGAUUGUCUCCUGCAUUCGUCUCGACACCUAUUACACCAACUCACAAACAAAAACACAACUUGCUAGAGACAGAACCUGAAUCAGCCAAAGAGCAAUUGUACUGGGAUGCCCUUUGCAGCACCUAUGAUUGCAAAACUCACUACAAGAGUGCACUGGUUGGCAUGCAGUCUACUAUCAUCCUGCAAUCCAUGUUCUGUGAUUGGCUCUCUAGCCAGCUUGCAGCACAGGACAAGAAGAAAAAGAAGACUAAAAAAGGUGGUCAGCUCGUUGGGGAUGAGCUUCCAAGAUUACUUAUGAGUGAUGAAUUUCACCACCAUGUGGUUGAACAUCAAAGAGUUGCUGAGGAAGAGGAAGCAGCAUGCAGAGCUUGCUGA